AUGCUUUCUGAUAAAAUGUUAUCGAGGGUGAAUAAAAAUGUCCAUGACGAAAUACCAGUAAAAGAUGGCAGCACUAAUCAUUUGGUACAUAACAAAAUUCAUGAUUCUGGACGAGGGGAUAUAAAGAAGUCAAAUACCGAGAACCCCUUUGACGAAAUAGAAAUGACAAUACUUAUGAAAAUAUCUCAAGAACUCCAAACAGACAAUAAUUCCUCUAGUAGUCUAGAUUCUAAUAUUAAACUCUUUAAAACGACAGUAAAUCAAAUAUUGGACAAUUUUUACAGUAAUAUGCAAGACUUCGAAGUUUAUAGGAAAAAGUUUAAUGAAAUACUGGAGAAGAACAAAGGGGAUUCAGUUGUUGAGAUGGAAGACUUUAUUAAAGAAAUGAUACAACAUAUAGGUUCGUCAGAAUCGUCUGUCUCUGGCAGCAAAUUCACUGAAGGAAAAGAUGUUGACGAGAAUUCAUUUAUUUGCCAAACAAAUGCCGAUUUAAAUAAAGAGAGGCUACCGAAUAGUCUAAAUUCUACUAUUGAAGCUUUUAGAAAUGAAAAUUAUUUGACUGAUUCAACAUUUGGUCAAAAUAGUUCGAAAUUUAGUACUGGUGACAAAAAGGAGCAUUUUUUAAACAUUUUUCUUGAGAACGGUACUCGUUAUGUUGAGAUAAAAAUGAAUGAUCGAAGUAUUUUUUCUGAAAUAAAUAUAAGGGGUCAAUGUCUAGAGAGAAUAAAAGAACCGUUAGCCUCAGCCGAAAAUUUAAAGAAAUUAGAAGCGAAAAAGUUAGAAUUGGAAAAUCACGCGAAAGAACAAGAACGAAGUAUAAAGUAUAGAGAAAUUCCAGUAAAAAAUUCAAACGGUAAGAAUAAUAUACACCUAGAUGAGAAUUUUCGCAAAGGUGACAAAGACGGCUGUCAAAAAUUUUUUAUAUUCAGAUUUUGUAACUACAUUUGCCGAAAAAUUCGUAAAAAUGCAUUCGGAUAA